GUGAGUGGCUGCUACUCUGCUAGCCAGUGAGGUCCCAAAAUCUAAUAUAGGCAAAGGAAAACAAGGCACUCUACUCAAUAAAGUUUUCGACUUAACGUAUGUAAAGUUGCUCCAUUUUAGAAAUCUAAACUGAACGACAAGAUUGGUGCUUACUUUGGGCAUGUCCCCAUCUUCUUUUCCACAAUUGUGUUGGAAAUCAGAGAGAUAUAUUGAUACGUAUAUUAGACGAAGUGAUGCGGACAGAGUGUGAGAUCGACCCUAGGGUCAAACGCUGCAGUAUCCACCGUCCGAUCACCCAUCCGCCGAAAUACUUUCUCAACUCGGUACAUUUAUUUGUUCACUGCUGUUUUUUCAUUCUUGGUCUUACGAGGUACUGUUUUUUUUAAUGCAAGAUUUAACCUUUUUAUUUUUUAAUUGCUCGACCUGUUGUUCUAGUUCCUACAUUCUUGGAAUAAAGAACGAGCGCUAAUUAGAGGUGAGUUGAGAUGGGCACUCUGUACAACUAUGUCGCUGAGAACUUAAAGAAUAAUGCCUCAAACACAUUGCAGCACGAGAAAUGUGAAGCUCAUUGGCCUUUUAGUGGUGAAACUGCACUUGGUGAUGCUUUACGUGCCAUUUUGUAUUUCAUGGGUCUUUUCUAUUGUUUCAUUGGCUUGUCAGCUAUUACCUCAUGUUUUUUUCGGUCCAUGGAGAAUGUUGUGAAGCAUACUCGAACAGUGGUGGAGACCGAUCCAAGCACGAACACCAAAGUUGUCAAGAAGGAAAAGGUUUGGAAUUACACAAUUGCUGACAUCACUUUGCUGGCCUUUGGGACUAGCUUUCCACAGAUAUCAUUGGCCACUAUUGAUGCAAUACGAAAUAUUGGACAAUUAUAUGCCGGAGGUUUGGGUCCAGGAACACUUGUUGGUUCUGCAGCUUUUGAUAUGUUUCCUAUACACGCGGUUUGUGUUGUGGUGCCUAAAGCUGGUGAGUUGAAAAAGAUAUCGGAUCUGGGGGUCUGGAUCGUAGAACUUUUCUGGUCCUUCUGGGCUUACAUUUGGCUCUACAUCAUUCUAAUGGUAUGGACUCCAAAUGUUGUCACCUUGUGGGAGUCUUUGUUGACGGUUCUCCAGUUCGGGUUACUACUGAUACAUGUGUAUGCUCAGGACAAGCGCUGGCCGUAUUUGUCCCUCCCUUUGGAAAGGUCUGAUAGGCCAGAGGAGUGGGUUCCUCCUGUAGAGGGUGCUACACAUGGGCUUACAGUUCAAGAGGAGUGCUCAGAAUCACUCAAUGAUGGAGAUGAUGAAAAUAGGGAAGUUGUUGAUAUUUUUUCCAUCCAUUCAAGGCACAAGACAGGUCAUGCUUAUCAAAUAUUGCCUGGUGCAGAUGUUGCUGAAUCAUCUGCAGAGUUGGACUUUGACAAAACAGCUGUUAAUGAAUCUGAUAUCAUCACAAUCUGGAAGCAACAGUUUCUCGCUGCACGUGUUUUAGAACAUGCAAAAUCCAGGAAACUGGAUAACAUGUGCCUUCAGGCCACACGUUUUUCAUGGAAAAUACUCCAACUACCAUGGCGGCUUCUCUUUGCGUUUAUACCUCCCUGUCAGGCUGCCCAUGGGUGGCCUUCCUUCAUAUGCUCUUUGAUCUUCAUUAGUGGGAUAGCAUAUGUCGUUACACAACUCACAGACCUAAUAAGCUGUGUUACAGGAAUUAGUCCUUAUGUCAUUGCAUUCACAGCAUUGGCGGCUGGAACUUCAUGGCCUGAUCUGGUCGCUAGUAAGAUUGCUGCAGAACGUCAGUUGACAGCUGAUUCAGCCAUUGCUAACAUCACUUGCAGCGAUUCGGUGAACAUCUAUAUAGGCAUUGGCGUUCCGUGGCUGAUUGACACGCUCUACAAUUUCUUUGCGUUCAAAGAGCCGUUGUAUAUACAGAAUGCCAGGGGGCUAAGCUUCUCUUUGCUCAUCUUUUUUGUUACCUCAGUUGGGUGCAUUGCCGUGUUGGUGUUUAGGCGAGUCACUUUAGGUGCUGAGCUUGGAGGUCCUAAAUUAUGGGCCUGGGUGACUAGUGUGUAUUUCAUGUUGCUCUGGCUUAUAUUUGUUAUACUGUCUUCUCUAAGAGUUUCUGGCAUUAUAUAACAAGUUCCAUGUUGUUGAUAUCAUAGCCACUUUGUUUUGUGGUUAGAGCUUAAUAAUAAUAAUGGCUUAAAUGCAGUACUAAAAUUAGGAUCAACAUCAGACUCAAAUAAGCAUGGAGGUAUACCUUACCGAGGUUUCGAUAUCAUGUACAAUAUUGUAUACAAAAUCAAAUUAGGGCAUUUUCAUAAAACAACG